AUGUUUGCAAUACCGCCUCCCCCUCGAUACCCCACAAACAACGGGCUGAUCACCGCCACACUCGAGACAGCCAACACCUUAACCCAUCGCGAAGGACCAGAGUACACUUUUCAGGCUGGCGAAGGCACAUAUAUCUUACGAGACGACCUGCAACUCGCAACGCCUCCUCCUCAUCCCUCCGAGGCCCCGGUAAUCAAUCCGAAUCCCUUGGCGACGAGCGUCGUUCCUCCGACCAGUGGGGUGAAAUUAUCGCUUGUAUCGCUGAAUCCCAAACAAAUCAAUCAUGACCUGUAUAAAGCUCCUACUGCCACAAGUAGCCUCAAAGAAAAUAAAGAGCCAGAGAAGGAGCCAAGGAUAUCCAUUGAGACGACAAGUGACAUAAGCAAUCCCGCGAUUUCAAUAAACGGGAGCAAUAAAUCAAGUACUGUCCGGGCGUUUGGUGAGGGAAACGCGGCACUAUCGCCAGUCAUCAGCAGGGGAGAUGGCCUCAAGCGGCGGAAACCAAAGAACAACAUCAUUAAAAGCAACUCUUCGUUUGUGUCUCGGGUCAUCCCGCACGAGGGCCUGGUCAAGAAGCUGGUAGAACGAGACCCAGGCGGUACUUUUGCGUUUGCGAAUAUCAAUCGAGCCUUUCAGUGGCUAGACCUGUCCUCAAGCUCCAAGCAGGAUCCAAUGACGAAGAUCCUCUUCACAAAGGCGCACAUGCUCUGUCAUGAUGUGAAUCCUCUCACGAAGCAUCCGACACAUAUGGAUGUUGUGAUGGGCUCUUCGGCCAGUGAUAUCAUCUGGUAUGAGCCCAUGUCUCAGAAAUAUGCCCGUAUCAACAAGAACGGCAUCAUUAACAGCUCUGCUGUUGCGAAGAUCAGGUGGAUUCCAGGCUCCGAAAACCAUUUCCUUGCUGCACACAUGGAUGGCACCCUGGUGGUGUACGAUAAGGAGAAAGAAGAUGCACCGUUUGUCUCUGAAGAGCUGGUGGACGAGGGCAUCAGCAUCGAAGACGAAGAACAAUCUACACUGGUCAUCACCAAGAGUGUCAACUCAUCAAAUCAAAAAGCCAAUCCUGUGGCCUGCUGGAAGAUCUCAAACCAAGCCAUCACAGACUUUGCCUUCUCACCGGACAGUAAGCAUUUGGCAGUGGUCGGGGAUGACGGCUGUCUUCGAAUAAUCGACUAUUUGCAAGAAAGAUUAACCGAUAUAUACUCAUCCUAUUAUGGUGCUUUCACCUGUGUCUGUUGGUCUCCGGACGGCAAAUACGUGCUUACUGGUGGCCAGGAUGACCUGGUCUCUAUCUGGUCGCUUCAUGAGCGACAGAUCAUCGCUCGAUGUCAUGGGCAUGACUCGUGGGUGGCGGCAGUGGCAUUCGAUCCCUGGCGAUGUGACGAUAGGAACUAUCGCUUUGGCAGCGUCGGGGAAGAUUGCAAGCUUUUGCUAUGGGACUUCAGUGUCGGUAUGCUUCAUCGACCGAAAGGGGCGACUGCGCGGACGAGAGGUAGCAUCUCGCAGCAGUCAGGGUCACUUCUCCGACAACGGACAGAGAGCGCAAGCGUGAUUAACAGGAUUCGGUCCGACUCAAACCGAACGGGCAGUAUACAGCAAGACAUUGUCGACGAAUCCGAGUUCAUCAACCAUCCUGUGGAACCACGGGCGCGGACUGCACAGCUACCUCCGGUCAUGUCCAAGAAGAUUGAUGACCAUCCAUUGAGUGGUCUGGCAUUUGAGCAGGACUGUAUCAUCACAUCUUGCGUUGAAGGGCAUGUGCGUACUUGGGACCGGCCUCGAGAAGGCCCGAACAGUAGUCAAGUCGACUUAUCGGAGAAGAAAAGACCGUAA